AUGGCCAAGCUUUCAUAUGAGAACUAUAUGAAUUUGCCUCUUCAUCUGGACCGAAGCGAUGAGAAGGUGCCCGCAGAUAUUGCCAAGAGGAUAGUGUCGAAUGCGAUCUCGCCGGUUAUCAGCGUUACAUCCACGACUGAACUCGAUAGACACAUCCAAGAGACUUAUCAUUUGGAUUCGCUGUAUAUGUUUUUAAGGUUCUUCAGUGAUUGCAUUGGCGACAGAGACCAGGCUAAUGAAACAGGCUCACCGCUUGACGAAUCGCAAUCGGAGAUGGCUUCGGAACCGUCAGCAUCGUUGGAUGUUCCGUCUAGAAACCGGAAGAGAUCCAACAGCCUCUUUCAGCGCGAUGCUACACAGUCUCAAUACGUGAGAUUCACAAGACCCUUGACAGACUUGGUGGAAUCAUCCAAAACAACCGAUAUGCUGUUUGAUUAUCACACAUUAGAAGAAUUUUUGAGAAAUAUGCUUCUCUUAGUGGAAAAAGACACCGACGAGGAAACAUCUCACGGACUUUUGAAAAAGUCUCUGUAUCACAGGUUUUUCUCGUUAGCGGUUUCAUCUACCACAUAUCUGUCGCCCUACGAGACGUUUAAUCACCCAGUAGUUUCGAUUAUUGCGUUAGAUAUUCCGAUCGGACAAGGUUAUGAGGAUGCAAGAGCACUAUUGACAAAAUUCAAGAACAUGAACCACAGCACGAAGAAUUUCCCCGUUUUUCUAAGCACAAGCGAUAUCUUACCCGUGUUCCUGCUGUGUUACAAUGGCGAUUCUGAGGAGCAAUUCGAAAUAUGCCAGCAGCUCGGUAAGAAACUUAAGAAGCAGCUGUUUGUGGAAAGCGUUAUCCUCCCCCUUUGGAAAAGUGAUUAUAGUGCAGAUUCUCAGGUAAAUCUUCAUCAGCCCGUUAUGUCAUCUUUGGAGGAGGUACUAAAUUUCUUACGAGAACCCUGCAACGCUGAAUUAUCGCUAAAGCUGAUAAAUUCUACUUAUGACGUUCUAGAACAGCUGGUAAAUGACCUAAUGGUACCGUUCAUGCAAAGGAAGAUAGCCUUCUGGGAAGAGACGAUACUUCAACCUAGGAGGUCGCUGUUUCAUGGAGCCAAGUUCUUCAAGAAGCUUGUGUCCAAGACGACCAGCGGUACCAAUCUUCACCAGCAAUCAUCAUUGGCAAAGGACGAAAAUGGUAACGAGUACUUCGUUUUUUCAUCUCCUGAGUUUCUAAUGCGCAAACUGGCAGAUUGGUCCAUGAUGCUGUCAGAUUAUAAAACUGCUUAUUCGACCUACGAAUCUCUUAAUCAUGACCUUGAACAUUUCCCAAAGUAUUCAGCAUCGUGUCUCGAAUGGUGUGCUGUCUCCGUUCUAAUGGGUGCUCAGAACAUCGUAACAGCCAAGAUGCUCAAGAACGACAUAGAUCCGCUUAUCCAAAGGGCACUGGAGUCUUACAAGAACUGUGCUUUGUAUGAUUCAAAAUUUAAUACAAAUAAGGAGAGCGAUUCCAUGACGCCAGUUCGCUCAUACGAGACAAGAUGUAUGUUUCUUGCCUCUGAACUGUUCCUCUCUCUAAGCGAUACGUGGACAUCCACUCCGUACGCUCUCCGGAACUUAGAGAUGAUAUUAACUGACUGCAAACUGGGACCUUGCUCACAAAUUAUGAUAUGGGAAAGAUUAAGCGAUUGUUACUACCUAAGGGCUGAUCCUAGAAUUCGACAUAGAGUGAACCAACCUAUUGUAAAGAGUAAAGUAGACCAAACUGAUGAGCAAGCAACCGAGGACGAGGCCAAAGAAGAUAUUGUCACCGAAGGCCUGACACGGAUGCGCAAGGCCGCAUUCUUUCUUUUGGUUGCUGCUGAUAAAUGGGCUGAACAGAAGCAAUGGAGACAGGCUUACUGGUGCUUAAAAGAUGUUCAGCAAGCAUAUAAGGGCAUUGAGUUUGUUAAUAGAGAGGAUUUAAUUCUCGCGAAGCUUAAUCAAAAGCUCAGGAACAUUCAGUCCUCCGCUGCGGAACUAAAAGAUGAAACGUAUGUUAAGGAAGAAAUUAUAACCGAUUAA